AUGCACCGAUAUACUCUAAGAUCCUCCGUUCAGGUCCCGCUCCCAAAGCCGGAUACCUUGAGCUUGGACCUUGAUGCGGCACUUGCUCGCCGCACCUCCAUUCCAAAGCCAGUUGCUAAGCAAACUGAACAUCUCCGCCACAUUUGGGUCGUCACCGGCCCCGCUGGUUGCGGAAAGAGCUCUGUUGCUGCCUUUUUAGCCCAAGCCCUCGAACUUCCAUACAUCGAAGGAGAUGAUUACCAUCCACCAGAGAACGUCAAGAAGAUGUCAGAUGGAGUCCCACUCACCGACGAAGAUCGUUGGGGAUGGCUCGAUACCCUCCGACACAAGGCUAGCGAGGAACUGGAAUCCGGAGCCAUGGGGUGUGUAGUUACAUGCUCAGCUCUCAAGCGCCGAUACCGAGAUUUUAUUCGCCAAGUUGGUCAGGCCGAAGUCGGAAUCGUCGUCCGCUUCGUGUAUCUCCGCGCCGACGUCGAACUCCUUAUCCAAAGGGUCAAAGCUCGCAAGAACCAUUUUAUGAAGGAUGAUAUGGUUCGAAGCCAAUUCAUCGCAUUGGAAGAGCCAGAUUCCAGCGAGCCAGAUGUUAUCUCCGUUGACGUCUCCGGAUCACUCGCCGAAGUUCAACAAGACGCUCUUCGAGAGGUCGAGGCCAGGAUGUUCGAAUAG